GCUUGCCCAUCAGAGGCGCGGGAGGCGGGAGGAAAGAAAGGGGGAUGUCGAUGGAGAGCGCGUCUCCUGCCUGGGGUCGCUGAGGGGAGUCUGGAGCCUCCGUUUGGGCCUCGGCUUCCGUGGAGGGGGCUGAGGCGGGCGUGCUUUCUCCCUCCUUCGCUCCUUCCCUCAUGGAGACCUCAGCGACCGCCUCUGCCACCUCGGGCCCCACGCCGGGCCCUUUCCCCCCGCUCUUCCCGCCGGGGCUGCACGGGAUCUAUGGAGAGUGCCGGCGCCUCUACCCGGAGCAGCCCAACCCGCUACAGGUCACCGCCAUCCUCAAGUACUGGUUGGGUGGACCAGAUCCUUUGGACUAUGUCAGUAUGUAUAGAAAUUUAGGGAGUCCAACCGAAAACGUUCCUGAGCAUUGGCACUAUGUAAGCUUUGGAUUAAGCGAUCUGUAUGGUGAUAACAGAGUGCACGAAUUUACUGGACCAGAUGGCCCAAGUGGCUUUGGAUUUGAACUGACAUUCCGACUUAAACGUGAAACUGGGGAAUCUGCACCACCAACUUGGCCAGCAGAGUUGAUGCAAGGCUUAGCCAGAUACGUCUUCCAAUCAGAAAAUACAUUUUGCAGUGGUGAUCAUGUGUCGUGGCACAGUCCAUUGGACAACAGUGAGUCUAGGAUCCAGCAUAUGCUUCUAACUGAAGAUCCUCAAAUGCAACCAGUUCAGACACCAUUUGGGGUUGUUACAUUUCUGCAGAUUGUUGGGGUCUGCACUGAGGAACUUCACGCAGCGCAACAGUGGAAUGGGCAGGGAAUAUUAGAACUUCUGCGGACAGUUCCUGUAGCUGGAGGCCCAUGGUUAAUAACAGAUAUGCGACGUGGAGAGACAAUAUUUGAAAUAGAUCCACAUCUGCAACAGGACAGAGUUGAUAAAGGGAUUGAGGCAGACGGCUCAAACCUGAGUGGUGUCAGUGCUAAAUGUGCCUGGGAUGAUCUCAGCCGUCCACCAGAAGAUGAUGAAGACAGUAGAAGUAUUUGCAUUGGCUCACAUCCCCGGCGACUGUCAGGGAAAGAUACAGAACAGAUCCGAGAAACUCUUCGAAGGGGGCUUGAGAUUAACAGCAAGCCUAUUUUGCCACCAAUUAAUACUCAGAGACAGAAUGGGCUGAACAAUGACAGAGCACCAAGUCGCAAAGAUAGUCUAGAAAGUGAAAGCUCUGCAGCAAUUAUUCCUCAUGAGCUGAUUCGCACAAGGCAGCUCGAGAGUGUGCACCUAAAAUUUAAUCAGGAAUCCGGAGCAUUAAUUCCACUUUGUCUAAGAGGCAGAUUAUUACAUGGACGGCACUUUACAUACAAAAGUAUUACAGGGGACACAGCAAUCACUUUUGUAUCAACAGGAGUUGAAGGGGCCUUUGCUACGGAGGAGCAUCCCUAUGCGGCACAUGGACCCUGGUUACAAAUCCUGCUGACUGAAGAGUUUGUGGAAAGAAUGCUGGAAGACUUAGAAGACCUGAAUUCUCCAGAGGAGUUCAAACUCCCAAAGGAAUAUAGUUGGCCUGAAAAGAAACUGAAAGUCUCCAUCUUGCCUGAUGCUGUAUUUGACAACCCGCUCCAUUAAAGCCAACUGACACAGGCAAGCAACAACUUAACUUUAUGCUGCCCAGUGACUCGUGGGAUAAUUUAGUACAGUGAAAGCUCUUCCUGGAAAUGAGAAAUGUUGCUGCAUAACCACUGCAAGCCGAGGAGGAGUUACCUAACAGUAGUCCAGCCAGAACUGAACUCUUCUGGUACACCUGGCAUUCUCCUUUUGCAUCUUGGCUGAACUCUGAAUACCCUGCGAAUGAAUGAGUGUGAGAGUGAAACAAAGAGAGAGAAAAGUAUUUAACUAUGAAAAGUAGUUGUAAGAAUUCUUUCCCUAUUUUAACUAGCUCCAGAGCUCCCUGCAGCUUUAGCUCAGGGUUCAUGUGUCUUGUCUACCUUUGUUUGAAUCACAUAUUUUUCAGGUGUAAACAGAUAUUUUGGUAAUUAGAUGUGUUUUUUCUAACUUCAAAAUUCUUUUUGCUAUCCAAGUUUCUCUUUUAUUGUAACUCCCCCUUUACUCUGGAAAGGCUAUGCUAUGUCCUCCCCUGCUUGGCUACACACAUGCACACAUCAUGAUCAUCUGUGAGAGACUGAGUUGCAGGUGAAUCAUAGUCACUGGUUGCAAGCAUAUCUCAAAAAUCACGUGGCCUUACAGCCCAGAUAAUGCAAGUACCUUGGCUGUCAUUUUAGACUUUAGGACUGAAAUUCUAAAGCCUAAAUAUGUGCUUACAACUUUGAUCAUAUUUGAGAAUAGUGUAUUUUCAAAACAGAAGUUUUUUGAGACCCAAGUGUGUACUUAUUUACUUGGAAGGGAUAAAUCUUGUAGGUUCUACUAUUUAGACCAGUGGUUCCCAACCUUUGGUCCUCCAGGUGUUUUGAACUUCAGUUCCUAUAAUUCCUAACAGUUGGAAACUGACUGGGAUUUCUGGGAGUUGAAGUUCAAAACAACUGAAAGUUUAGAACCACUGAUCUAGAUAGUAUGGAUUAGAUUGUAAUUUUAAAUUUCUCUUUCACUGUUUUCUUGGGGGAAUAGACCAAACCAGUGUUUCUCAAACUACAAGGGUUGAAUGAAAAGUAAUGCCUCCACCUUUGUUACUUGGGUUUGGAUGGGAAUAUUUUAAUAAAUCAAAUGCAGAAAUAA